CCGCCCCGCGUCACCAUGGGCAGCGUCAGUAGCCUCAUCUCCGGCCACGGCUUCCACAGCAAGCACUGCCGCGCGUCGCAGUACAAGCUGCGCAAGUCCUCGCACCUCAAGAAACUCAACCGCUACUCAGACGGGCUGCUCAGAUUCGGCUUCUCCCAGGACUCGGGGCAUGGCAAGUCCAGCUCCAAAAUGGGCAAGAGCGAAGAUUUCUUCUACAUUAAAGUCAGCCAGAAGGCCCGGGGCGCCCACCACCCCGAUUACACUGCUCUGUCCAGUGGGGACCUAGGGGGCCAGGCUGGGGUGGACUUCGGCCCGUCUACCCCACCCAAGCUCAUGCCCUUCUCCAAUCAGCUAGAAAUGGCCUCAGAGAAGGGUGCGGUGCGGCCCACAGCCUUCAAGCCGGUGCUGCCGCGAUCAGGAGCCGUCCUGCACGCCUCCCCCGACAGCACCGGCCACCAGCUGCACCCCGCCCCCCCGGACAAGCCCAAGGAGCAGGAGCUGAGGCCCGGCCAGUGCUCCGGGGCUCUGUCUGACUCCGGCCGCAACUCCAUGUCCAGCCUGCCCACACACAGCACCAGCAGCAGCUACCAGCUGGACCCGCUGGUCACAGCCGUGGGGCCCGCCAGCCGUUUUGGGGGCUCAGCCCACAACAUCACCCAGGGCAUCCUCCUCCAGGACAGCAACAUGAUGAGCCUGAAGGCGCUGUCCUUCUCCGACGGCGGCAGCAAGCUGGCCCACCCGAGCAAGGCGGACAGGGGCUCCUCGUGCGUGCGCUCGCCCAUCUCCACGGACGAGUGCGCCAUCCAGGAGCUCGAGCAGAAGCUGCUGGAGAGGGAGGGCGAGCUGCAGAAGCUGCGGCGCAGCUUUGAGGAGAAGGAGCUGGCCUCCAGCCAGGCCUACGAGGAGCGGCAGUGGCGCUACCCCGAGGAGCUGGAGGGCCCCGAGCCGAAGAGCAGCAGCAGGCUGAAGGCCUCGCAGAAGGGCCAGCGCACACAGCAGGUGCUGCACCUGCAGGUGCUCCAGCUCCAGCAGGAGAAGCGGCAGCUCCGGCAGGAGCUCGAGAGCCUCAUGAAGGAGCAGGACCUGCUGGAGAGCAAGCUGCGGACCUACGAGAAGGAGAAGACCAGCUUCGGGCCCGCGCUGGAGGAGACCCAGUGGGAGGUGUGCCAGAAGUCGGGCGAGAUCUCCCUCCUGAAGCAGCAGCUGAAGGAGUCCCAGAUGGAAGUCAACACCAAGGCCAGUGAGAUCCUCAGUCUGAAGGCGCAGCUGAAGGACACACGGGGCAAGCUGGAGGGCCUGGAGCUGAAGACGCAGGAUUUGGAGGGCGCGCUGCACACCAAGGGCCUGGAGCUGGAGGUCUGCGAGAACGAGCUGCAGCGCAAGAAGAACGAGUCGGAGCUCCUGCGGGAGAAGGUGAACCUGCUGGAGCAGGAGCUACAGGACCUGCGGGCGCAGGCCGCCCUGCAGCGGGACUGCACGCCCCGGGGGCCGGUGCUGGGGGCCGGGCCGGGGCCCACCUUCUCUGAGGACAUCCCCGCCCUGCAGCGGGAGCUGGAGCGGCUGCGGGCUGAGCUGAAGGAGGAGCGGCAAGGCCACGACCAGAUGUCUUCAGGCUUCCAGCAUGAGCGGCUGGUUUGGAAGGAGGAGAAAGAGAAGGUGAUCCAGUACCAGAAGCAGCUACAGCAGAGCUACCUGGCCAUGUACCAGCGGAACCAGCGCCUGGAGAAGGCCCUGCAGCAGCUGGCCCACAGAGACGGUGCGGGGGAGCCUCUGGAGAUUGACCUUGAAGGGGCUGACAUCCCCUAUGAGGACAUCAUAGCCACCGAGAUCUGAGGAGCCUCCUGGGCGGGGGAGAGCUGGGACCCGGCAUUGGGAGGCAGGGUGCAGGGCCUGUCCAGGAGGGCUCCCUCCCCUCCUCCCUGCUCAAUAGCUGAGCCUCUCUGAGAGAAGCCUGCCCGGGCACAGACCUGGGAUCCUCCAGGGGAGGGAAGCAGAGGGGAGAGAAGGGACUGCCCCAUGGCCUCUCCUCCCCUUUCCCGUGGCGCAGUGCUCACCAUUCUGCCGCCCACCAGAUCUCUAGCCUU